AUGGAGCCAGCGGAACAGAUUGACGAUUCGACAUUCUGCACAAUGAAUGACGAAGCCCCGACCAGAGUUAUGGGCACCUGUAAUAGCUCGCCCGAUAUUACCAUUGCUAGUGGUGGUCUGAUAAAUAGCAUAACCUGCCAACCUAUGCUAACUCUCGCAUCAGACCAUCUGCCCAUAAUUAUCUCGAUCGAGAAACCUCCUGAUUUCGUUUCUGUGGACAACCGUACCUUCGUUAACUUUAACAAAGCUAACUGGGUCGGCUUCACAGAAUUUACUGAGAACACUUUCAACGCUCUGCCCAUUCCCGCGGACGUAUCCGUUGGCAAACGUCGAUUUCGCAAGGUGAUCGCAGCAGUUACCGCCGAAGCAGCCGUUUUAGCUAACGAGCGCGACACCUUACCUACCGCCGAAGCAGCCGUUUUAGCUAACGAGCGCGACUCCUUAUGCCAUGCCGAUCCCGGGGAUCCCCGAAUAAAGGAUCUCAAUUUGGAGAUUCGGCGAUUGGUAAAUCAUCAUAAGCGGACGAAAUGGAUAAAGCACCUGAUGUCCUGCAACCUCUCUACCGAUGUGAAUAAGCUUUGGGCUACUGUCAAGGCUUUGUCUAACCCGAAGAGACAUGACCGAGUCAAAGUUCAAUUCAAUGCACUUAGCGUCAUAAACGCUCAGAUAGUUCAUGGCCUCAACCAGAAACCACUUUGUGAGAGAACGAUUCUCGAACCGUUGGACUUGUCAAAAGCUUUUGACACUGUCUUUCAUACAACGCUACUGCAGGACAUCGAACAAACUACGCUCACUCCAGGACUGAAGAACUACCUGAACGGUCGUCAGUCAACCGUACUAUUUCGAAACAUCUAAACUGAGAAGAAUUAAACAGGGGGUUCCGCAGGGUGGUGUCCUC